ACUUUCCAUUCAGUUCUGGCUCUACUCUGCACAAUCUCACAUGCCAUAUCAUACCAAACUCAUUCCCCUUUCCAAAUUUUUACCUUUCCAUUCAUGCGUAAAUUUAUCCAUUUUAUCGUAAUACAAAAAAUAUCCAAUAAAAUAAUAAUACGUUAUUGAAUAUUACCGGAGAUAGAUUGAGAGAAGGGGGAAGAUAUUGGUAGGUAAUGCGGAAAAGGAUGAGUGAACAAGUAUGUUCUAUGGAGGAUGCGGUUCUGGCCUUGUUGGAUCACUUUGUGGAGCCAUUCUUGCCCCGCUACCGGACUAUACAAGCUCCUACCCCUUCCCAGCAUCAGAUCAUUGCCAAAAGGAUGCAUACCGUGGUAUUGCUUUAUAACUAUUAUCAUAGGAAGCGACAUCACGAACUGGAGUUUCUUGAUUUCAUAUCGUUUAGUAAGCUGGCUGUUGUAUUGAAACCAACGUUGGUGGCUUACAUGAAACUCAUGCGUCAAGCAGAUUAUUUUAAGAUGGAUGAUUUCGAGAAUGAACUUUCACAAACAGAAAAGGCAAUAGUCAAUGCUUGCAGUGUAUCUUCAGAUCUGGAUGCAUCAAAAACUGUUCCAGUUGUAGAUGGUUGGCCGGUGUCUAAAGUUGCCAUCUUUUUAGUGAACUUGAGGAAGGAAAAUUUCAUGCUAAUAGAUAGUUCCAUUACCCAUGGGGUUUGGUCUGUGAUUGAGAAAGAUGUGGAGGUCUCCAGUGUUGAUGCAGAUAAUCCUCUAGAAUCAAAAUGCAAAAGCAAACAGAAAGGAGCUGCAGAAACAUUUUUGGAAGAUCUAGAAAAUAAUUCUAAUGAUGCUAGGCUUCUGGAUUUGGCUCUUUUAGCUGUUAAAGAUGCAACAGGCAUCAAUAAAAGUGAUCUUGUGGUUUUAGAGAGCCACAUUGUAUAUUCUUUAAAUAAACCAAAGGCAGCUGCUUGCUUAUAUGUAAUGCAAUGCACUCAAUCUAUCAAUGAUGACAUUCAGGUUCCUAUUAAAGAUCUCGUUGAAAGCUUGCAAGGUCCCAUUGUCAAGAGGAGCUCCUGUGGAUGGAUGGUGACCCCACUUGUCAUGUAUUUCCACAUGUUCCCUUACUUGGAGGCUUUGUUAGAUUGGAUUUCCAGGGAAGUGCCAUCACAUGCCUCAAAUGCAGUUUUCCCCCAGGGUGAAAACGAAGGCCAAAAUCAAAAUCCUGUCAAAGUUUAUCAUCGACUGAAGAAUACAUUGCCUUUACAAGAGGGUUAUAGAUGGAUCUCACCAAGCAUUUUUUUGACUAAGGCAGAAACAGGUGAAUCUGUUCUGAAGUCUUGUGAUGAUGGAAGCAAUAAUGACACGAUUGGUACUACUAGUAGCAUGCAUGGAGGCAGUUUUUCUAUGGCUAAUCCUUUAUCACAAACUCAACAUCGCGAGAGGCUACAAACUUCCUCAACUUCUGUAAAUGCACUAUCCCAAUCCACCUUGAGCAUUCUUUACUUGAAAAGACUUCAGCUGUGCGAGCAACAACAGAUUGUGGAAGCUGAAAUCAUGAAGUGUAACAAGGCUAUUGAGAGUGUGUUACAUGGUGGUAAAAGUGAUUUGUCAAGCACUGAACAUAUGAUAGAAGAUCCUUCUGAUGCCGAUCUGGAAAUCGAAGAAAUUCAACAGAGCACUAGUCUUACUGUGGAACCCCAAUGCAAGAAACUGGAUGAGUUGUGUCGUGAGAAGAAAUGGCCAUUGCCAAUGUAUCGAGUCUUUCCAUAUGCUGAUGGGUUUCUUGCUAAUGUCAUUGUGAAAGGUGGGAAGUAUGCAUGUCAAGGCAGCCUAUGCCCGAGUCCUCAUGAAGCAAGAGAGAUGGCUGCUGCAUUUAUGAUUGCCAAAAUAGGUAAUAUGGGUAUAUGAGAGAUGUAACAAGAACAGGUAGUCUAUGGUAGCAGAGGGGGGAGAUAUUGUGGUUCAGUUGUCCAAUAAUGGUGGAAGUAUUUAGAUGGAGAAAGCAUAGCAUGCCUCCCUCCUUGAUCAUAACUUGUAUCUCUAACUUGUACAGUCAAGUUAAUCGGACACUAUUGACUUUCUUAGUUUGAGUCGAUUCGAACAAUUAUCUA